GGUGAUUCUGAUCAUGUUCCUGUCCAAGAUGAAGGCCUUCCAGGACGUGCUCGUGGCCAUCAUUCUUGGCACCAUCUUCCUGAUAGUCAAUGCCGACGCCAUCUUCUCCAAUUUCAGGUGCUACAAGGUCUUCAUCGUGCUGCGGCACUCGCUGCGCAAGGACUGCUUCAGCGCCUUCGCCCUGGCCCUCGGCUGCCUGCUGCUCCACGGCGCCUGGCCCGACGCCGCCGCGCCCGGCGUGAUGCUCCACCUGGCCUCGCUGGCUGCGUGGAUCUUGGUGGGCGUGCAGACGAGCCCCGUGGUCUCAUGCGGCCCCUGCGAUGACUAGAGGGACGGGAGGAGAGUUGAGUUCUUUGUUAUGUAUCUUUAUUACAGAAAACAACCUUUUCAUAACCCUCUGAGCCAUAACGCGCGUUAUGCCCCCUGCCCUCCCCCCAUAAACGUGUGACGCUCCCCUCCUCAGGGCGUCCCCAGCACUGCCGCAGUGCGCCCAGCACCACAGUCUGGGGGGUGGGUGGGCUGCUACGUUGUGCCCCCUCCCGUCCCCCUCCCCUCCCCCCCCCCACAAAGCCCGUUAUGGCCGCGCAUAAAAAAAUGUGCUUGUCGCAACUCGGUCAGUCCAGGCCUUGGAGCCGUCUGGGGGUCUGAGAUGGCCCAGCACUGGUUCUGGCUAGCAGGAAGGGCGGGCAGCUUCGGGGCUCUGGGUUCGGGAC